CGCAAACAUGUAUCUUUUGGUCUUCUUCUGGCUGCUAAGUGUGGCCUCAGCCUUACCGUCCCUACAAGGGCGAGAUGCUCCAUCUUAUGUUGCGCUGCCUUUGACGAGGAAACGAUCCGUCAGUAGCGCAGGGCACAGUCGACGAGCCUUCAGCUCUUCGCUCUCGCACAAGAACCUGGCGCACUAUACCAUUGAUGUCAACGUCGGGACUCCUCCCCAGGCCCUGAGCCUGGUCUUGGACACGGGGAGCAGUGACAUCUGGGCGUACAGUCCGGAUGCGAAAUCGUCUUGCCCGAAGUGUACUUCGACAUAUUAUGAUCCCACAAAGUCCUCGACAGCUGAGAGCCGCGACGACAUCGGCAUCUUCAACAUCAGCUACGUCUCCGAGAACUCUGCGGUGCUUGGCUACUACGUGGGCGACACCCUCAAAACGGGCGGCGUCUCUGCCAACGUUAUCCUCGGUGUUGCCACAGAGGCGCAUGCCGGCGACCCCCCUGGCGGUAUCAUGGGCAUCUCCUUUUCCGCCAACGAAGCGAGCGUCUUCCAAAGCGGUAUCAAGUAUCCGGGCUACAUCGACAGCCUCUACAAGCAAGGCAUCAUCGCCGUGCGUGGCUAUAGCAUCUUCCUCAAUGAUCUCACUUCCACCGACACAACUCCCGGCACGAUCAUCUUUGGCGGAUACGACAAGAGCAAGUGGACGGGCGACCUGGUCCCGUUCGCCCUCGUGGAGCCCUCGCCGGAAGGAGCGAUUGAGCUGGACAUUGGAGGGCCGGUGAUGGCCUUCGUCGUCGGCGGCGAGACCUAUGACGUGCCCAACAACCAAGCAUACACUGUGCUUCUCGACACGGGCACCACGUUCACCUACCUGCCCAAGUCGCAGUUCGCCGUGAUCGCGGGCGCGCUGGGUGCGGAACUGUACGACGAGGAGAGCGGCGAUUACGUCGUCUCGUGCGACUACGCCUCUGACCCGGGAGGCAUUGGCUUCGAGUUCUCCGGGCCCGGGGGCGACGUCGUGAUCCCCGUACCCUGGCCCGAGCUGAUCCUCCCGGACUCGGGCUUGCCCGACGGGGUGUGUUGGUUCGGCCUGGGCCCGAACCCGGACGGCGAGGGCUUCUACACGCUGGGCGACACGUUCCUGCGCUCCACGUACGUGCUGUUCAACUACGACACGUUGACGGUGGGCCUGGCGCAGGCGAGCUACGACAACAGCUGCAGCGACUGCGUCCUGCCUUUGAAACCGUCCUAAGGUCUGGCUGGGACACACGAAUGUCGGUUUGCCAACGUUGCUGUUGUCUUGGCCGAGCAUGCAACUGGUACACAUAGACAGUACCCUCCCAAUUCAUCCGAAUCUAUAUGUGUGUGUAUGUAGUAGUGUAUGGAAAG